GUAUCUUUGUACUUGUUCCUGCUAGGUGCCCAGUUCGGUGUCAUUGUUAUGUUUUGAUGAGAACAUUAGGAGGGCGGAGCACCAUCUGAUAAUUUACAGACGCGGGUACAAAGUUCAAAAGAUAUCUCUUGAUGGUUCUUUUUUGGGCAACGAUUUUACGGAGAAGUGAAGUUUUGCAGAGCAGAAGAGACGAGACAAUUGGCUGCAAAAUCCAAAGGAAGCUGCCAGCAGAAUCUACGUGUCAAAUGAGCAACCCAGUCCUUUUCCCUCUACGCUCUGUGGUUUUUUUUUUGCUUGCGUCAAACGUCGUGAUAUGGCCAGCAAUGUGUUUUCUACCUUUUUUUUUUUGCCUUUUCCCUUUGCAAAGUGUAGCAGUUGUAACGAUGCGAAACAAGGGAACCCAUCCCAUUGUCAACAAGCAUUUGUGAACUGUUCUUUUAGCCUUUGCCUCAUAUGCGUAAUC